AUGCGUUCAGCACCCGCCUGCAGCGGGCACCUCCACCCGGACUUCCGAGUCUUGAAGCUCACAAUUUUCCUGGACGAGGCUGACACGAAUUGGGGCUACGCUCGUCAGAGGCUUACAGAGAUCGCCCGUGGCGGGGACCCACGGUUUGUCAACGAAGGUCUUGUAGAUGGAUGGGAUGACCCAAGAUUUCCUACGGCUUGUGGUGUACUGAGAAGAGCGAUGACAGUUGAAGGACUAAAACAGUUUAUUGCUUCUCAGGGCUCCUCACGUUCAGUUGUGAACAUGGAAUGGGACAAAAUCUGGGCAUUUAACAAAAAGCUGCGAACUCUCUGUAAGAAGGUUAUUGACCCAGUGGCUCCACGAUAUGUUGCAUUACUGAAGAAAGAAGUGGUCCCAGUGAAUAUCCCUGAAGCCCAGGAGGAGACGAAAGAAGUAGCCAAACACCCAAAGAAUCCUGAUGUUGGCUUGAAGCCGGUAUGGUAUAGUACCAAAGUUUUCAUUGAAGGUGCUGAUGCAGAGACUUUGUCAGAGGGUGAGAUGGUUACAUUUAUAAAUUGGGGCAACAUCAACAUUACUAAAAUACACAAAAAUGCAGAUGGAAAAAUUGCAUCUCUUGAUGCAAAAUUGAAUUUGGAGAACAAAGACUACAAGAAAACCACUAAGAUCACUUGGCUUGCAGAGACUGCACAUGCUCUUCCUAUUCCAGCAAUCUGUGUCACUUACGAGCACUUGAUCACAAAACCAGUUCUAGGAAAAGAUGAGGACUUUAAGCAAUAUGUCAACAAGAACAGUAAGCAUGAAGAACUAAUGCUGGGGGAUCCCUGCCUUAAGGAUUUGAAAAAAGGAGACAUUAUACAGCUCCAGAGAAGAGGAUUUUUUAUAUGUGAUCAACCUUAUGAACCUGUUAGUCCAUAUAGUUGCAAAGAAGCCCCAUGUAUUUUGAUAUACAUUCCUGAUGGACAUACAAAAGAAAUGCCAACAUCUGGAUCAAAGGAAAAGACCAAAACAGAAAUAACAAAAAAUGAGACAACUGCUCCUUUUAAGGAAACAGCACCUUCUCUAAAUAAUACUUGUGAUACAGCUGAGGAUUCAUUGGUCCUUUACAGCAGAGUGGCUGCUCAAGGGGACGUGGUUUGUGAAUUAAAAGCCAAGAAAUCAGCAAAGGAAGAAAUAGAUGCAGCUGUAAAACAACUUUUGGCUUUGAAAGCUGAAUAUAAAGAAAACACUGGCCAAGAAUAUAAACCUGGAAAUCCUCCUGCUUCAGUAGUAUAGAAUAUCCCUUCAAAAUCAUCACCAAGUAUUCUAGGAAGUAAAUCACUUUAUGAUGAAGUUGCUGCACAGGGGGAGGUGGUUCGUAAACUUAAAGCUAAAAAAGCACCGAAGGCUAAAGUGAAUGAAGCUGUAGAAUGCUUACUGUCCCAGAAAGCUCAGUAUAAAGGAAAAACUGGAAAGGAUUAUAUACCUGGUCAGCCUCCAUUAUCUCAAACUUCAGAUUCAGGUCUAACAAGAAGCUCUGAGUCUAGUGGUCCAGAAACACCAGAAGCCAAAGUGCUUUUUGACAAAAUAGCUUCUCAAGGAGAAGUAGUCCGAAGACUAAACGCUGAGAAAGCCUCUAAGGAUCAAAUAGAUAUAGCUGUACAAGAGCUCUGACAGUUGAAGGCACAGUACAAGUCUCUGACUGGAAUAGAGUAUAAACCUGUCUCUGCCCCUGGAGCUGAGGACAAAGAUAAGAAGAAGAAAGAAAAAGAAAAUAAAUAUGAAAAGCAGCAUAAGCCUCAGAAACAAAAUGAUUGCCAAAGAAAAGAGUCUUCUAAAAGCCAAGGCAGUGGGCUUCCACCAGGUGGUUCAGGAGAAGGGCAAGGGCCUAAGAAACAGACCAGGUAA